GUUCGAGUUGAAUUGUCGGUCCUCUUUUGGAUAGUCACAAACCACAGCGACAGGCCCGUCUCUUCUUAUCUCAAGCGGAAAGACUUGUCUCACACGUGGCUCAUUUCGCUCUCCUUUGGGAUCGCCUUUUGAAAAUAUAAUUUCUCCGUAGUAUCCGGAUCGACUCAUCCAUAGCCUGGCUUCACGCAACAAAUUUAAUGGCGACGGCUUCUACUUUGGCCUCAUCAGCUCUGUUACAGUCCCAAAUCAAUGGCUUCUUUCUGAAUCUUCACCGUCAUAAGCUAAACCUCAAAUUCCCUACCCGUAGGAAAAGAGCGCAGACAUUUGUGAGGGCUAGCUCCCGAGUGGAUGAUUUUUCAAAAAGCAACAUUAUAGUUUCUCCAUCCAUCCUUUCUGCAAAUUUUUCAAAGCUGGGAGAGCAGGUGAAAGCAGUCGAGAAAGCUGGGUGUGAUUGGAUCCAUGUCGAUGUGAUGGAUGGACGAUUUGUUCCAAAUAUUACAAUUGGACCUCUUGUUGUCGACUCCUUGCGCCCCAUUACAACCCUUCCUCUGGACGUGCAUCUUAUGAUUGUAGAGCCUGAACAGAGAGUAUCUGAUUUUAUAAAGGCUGGUGCUGACAUUGUUAGUGUCCAUUGUGAGCAGGCUUCAACAAUCCAUCUGCACCGCACAAUAAAUCAAAUCAAGAGUUUUGGAGCUAAAGCUGGAGUGGUACUCAAUCCUUCAACCCCCUUAACUGCGAUAGAAUAUGUUCUUGAUAUUGUCGAUCUGGUACUGAUCAUGACAGUAAACCCUGGAUUUGGUGGGCAGAGCUUCAUUGAGAGCCAAGUCAAGAAAAUCUCGGACUUGAGAAGGAUGUGUACAGAGAGGGGAUUGAAUCCAUGGAUUGAAGUAGAUGGUGGGGUCGGUCCCAAUAAUGCUUACAAGGUGAUUGAGGCUGGAGCUAAUGCUUUAGUUGCCGGUUCGGCUGUUUUUGGAGCUGCAGAUUAUGCUGCAGCUAUUAAGGGAAUCAAGACUAGCAAAAGGACACAAGCUUUUGUAUGAUAUCUCUCUGCAUUGUAGACAUAUGUUGAAUUGUUGGAGCAGUCAGUAUAUUUGAGCUGAUGGAAAAUAAUGAAUAAGGGCAUGAGUGUAAUUACACCACCCUGAAAUUACUACAUGAGUGUGUAAUUACACAAAUUUGUAAUUACUAUGUAAAUACUUUGCAUGUGUAACAAUCCAUACUCAUAAAAAAUUAUGUAGUAAAUACUCUAGCAACUUACCCAAUCAGGAAGAUAUAUGACGAACAAAAUUAAUUAAAUGAUUUCAUUACUCUCUCUGUCUCAAAUUAAAUUUUAUACUCCCUC